AGCCCAGAAGAAAUGUCACAGGGAAGCUAAAGUUUGACUUAUUUCAAUCUUACUGUCAGCUUUUCAUGGGAUCAAGUUGCACCCUUCGUCAAAUUGUUUUUUAUUGCUCAAAAUCCACACGUCUCGGUUUGUUUGUGUUGUUGUUUUACCAUAUUCAAACAAUAAUUAACCCCAUGAUCAGUCUCGUAAGAGCCGUUCAAUAGGAUUUCGUCGCAUUACCGCUUGACGGCGACUUAUUGUGGAAGACACUCAGGACUAGAGAGUCGAGAGAUAAUUAUAAACCCUUUUGGUGGAUUUUAACGUCUCUAUUCUUUUUAAAAAGAAAUUAAAUAAAGAAAGUUUACGUUCGUUUACAUAAUGUGGUAAAACAGACACCUCUACUGCUUUAAGACAUAUUUAUGAUGCUUUAAAAUCAGGUCAGACAAUCCUAUUCAACAAAGAAUUUUUUUGUAUCUGACAAUUUUAUGAUAUAUUUAAGUGGAACUUCCGUACAUUUGCUUUCACAACCAAUUACGACGCAUGAACUUGUUAAAUCUUAGAGCGCUUAACUGUUCAAUUUAUCACAAAGGUCACACCAGGAUUUAAUUAUAUCAUUCUUGUGAAAAAUAUCUGCCGUACCUGGCACGGCCAUUGAGAGGAAACAAACGGUAUCUUUAAGCACCAACCCAUGUUUAACGCAGAAAGAUUAAACAGGCCUAGUCGACACCAGGAUUGCGGAUACGCUGAGUCGAGGUUGAAAAGCUUUCCCCAAUUGCUAAAAAGAUUUCUUGACGAGCUAGACGAGCGAACUUCCGGUGGAAUCAAGCCAGGAUCUUUUCUGCUAUAGUGGAGUUCACGAUGACCGAGAUCAUAGACCUAGAAGACACAUCACAAGACCUGGACUACGACAGCCUAUAUAGCAAAGACGGUAACAAUAAUCGAACAGAUGUGGAAUCGCCAAACGACUCUGGGUUGGAUGUCAAACAGCCACGUCUAAUUACAAUCAAGUCUUACACUGAAAUAUGUAUAGAGGCUGGAGAAACCACAGAAGAAUCCUCUCCGAGAGUCAAACCAAAGUUUAAAACAGACACAAAGUUCAAAGACUCCGAAAGAAGCAGUAGACUCGGAGAAGUAACGCCAGACCCAAAACGAAAGUUCUCGAAACCCAAGGCGAAGUUUCCCAAAAGCACAGAUAAGGUGAACGUAUGGAGCAAACAAGAAAAAGCGAAAGCGAAGGAAAGAAAGCGAGCACCAUGUUGGUUGGUAGUUUUUGUGUUCUGUUGUGGUGUCAGCAAAGAGCACCAGUGGUACAGCCUUCUGGGCAAAGGUGCUUUCUUGACGUUCUUUAUGGCCAUCGUGUACCUAGUAGCAAGUUUAACUAUUCUUCCUUUCCUGAUCAUCGCGGCUGUAGUUGCGACAGUUUUCUUCAGUGCCGGUAUUCUGUCAUACCUCGCUCUUUCUACCAAGAAAGUUGGCGUCUCUUUUGACGAUGAUGGUGACGGGUCAUGUCUUGGCGCGGUUUGGGGGUCCUGGGUUUAGUUGUUCAUGUGUAUUGAGGAUAGUCCAGACCUCAGUUUAGCCUCAUUUUGAAAGCGAGGAUACUCUCGAUUCCGAGGUGAUGACGCACUAUUGAAGUACCGUCAAAGAAAAGUCGGUUUACAAACAGAUUCCGCUCACAAUUUGGUUGUCGAUUACUGAACCAUUUAACUGCUCUCCAUUACAUCAUGAGUCCGUUAUCCUUGCAAAGGCGAUUACAAAAUUCGCAUGCCGCAUGAGUACGGAGAUUUUCGGAAACGUGUUAUCAUCACGUACAAUUAAGGAAUUUGACUUACUGUCCUUCCAGGAUAAACUCGGUUGAAAACCGUGGACGCAGACAAUACGGAGGAGCAUUGAGAAUCGUCACGAAAAAUAUCAAAAAGUGAGAGGCGAUAAUAUUGCAUUCAUGAUCAGAAAGUCAGAUCUUUACGGACAAUUGUCUAGGAGUAUGGCCUGAGAUCAGUCAAAUACAUAACAAGAGAUCAGGAACGUCAAAUACAAUUUGGACAUUUAAUGAUUGGCUACGAUAAUUUGUUGAGAAGGGGUGUGGAUCGUGUAGCCCCCCGACAUUCUCCUCUACUCCUAUCAGUUUUCUUUGUUGAGGGAUGUCUUAUAAUUGUUAGUCUACAUAAUUUUAUUAAAGUUUACAAUUGUCAUUUCUCUUA